CGUCAUAGUAGCUAGAUUACAAGAAGCUCUGCAGCUGUCCCUUAGUAAUACCCUCCAGCGAGGCUAUGUAUUUCCUGUUAUGUAUAAUAGUUAUUUGAAUAUGUAUACUGAUUAAAAUUCCUAGUCAAAAACUUUGAAUCUGUUUUGAGGGAUGCUAAAUAUUGUUGGAUGCAAAUGAGUGAUGCAUGGUGAACGCCCCUUUUAGAUAUUUUGUCUUAUAUCUAUGUUUGACAGGUGGAUACAUUAUUGUGAUUAUGGGUUGAAUGGAAAUUAGAGGAUUUGUUUCAAAGUAUUAUAUUUACGCAGGGAAUCAAUAUUCUGAAAAACUUGACAAAUUUGCCAGACCCUAGUUUUAGGGCAUGACAGAAGACAUAGUUGACAGUUAGUUAAUGCGAAGAUUGAGAAGUCUUGAAUUGUUCCCUUUUGAUCUUGAAAUUGAAAGAACACUUCCGGGGAUAAGGGCAGCAAGGAGAAAUGAAGUUCAAGCAAUGGCGGCCAACAACCAAAACCAAAGGGCAAUCUGAGAUUAUUUCAAGCCGGUUGUCAAUGACAACUCUUCCGGGAUCGCGCACCAAACAAUCAACGCGAAUAAUUUUGAGAUUAAGCCUGCACUAAUCAACAUGGUGCAACAAAACCAAUUUGGGGGAUCUCUACUUGAAGACCCAAACAUUCACUUGACUAUCUUUUUGGAGAUCUGCGAUACGGAGAUCUGUGAUACGGUGAAGAUGAAUGGUGUUACUGAGGACACCAUUAGAUUGCAUUUGUUCCGUUUUUCUCUUAGGCACAAAGCUAGAGGAUGGUUGCAAUCCUUGCAACCUAGCAGCAUUAAUACUUGGGAGAUGGCACAGAAAUUUCUUACAAAAUUCUUCUCGCUGUCUAAAACAGCCCAACUGAGAGUAUAUAUCGGGCAAUUUAAGCAGUUGGACUUUGAGCCAUUAUAUGAGGCUUGGGAGAGAUACAAAGACUUGAUUUGGCGUUGCCCUCAACAUGGCCAUGAAGAUUGGACGCAAAUCCAAUUCUUCUAUACUGGAUUGAAUGGUCAGACUAGGACCAUUGUUGAUGCUGCUUUUGGUGGUGCUUUGACAUCCAAGACUACUGAGAGGCUUAUUCUCUUUUAGAGGAGAUGCUACCAAUAGUUACCAAUGGCCUAAUGAGCAUUCUUUGGCUAAGAAGGUUGCCGGUAUUCAUCAGAUAGAUCCUAUAACUGUAACGAUCCAGCUUCUUGAGCCGUCACUAAUUAUGACUUAAAUGCAAAAAAUGAUAUUAACUUUUUAAAACGUCUUAAAAGUGAAAUAUUAGUUAC